GUGACUGAAGAUUGAGCUUCACACACAUUAAAACUUCCUCCUGUGUCCAACAUCUGAUGUUAGAAAGGGAGGAUUUGCAACAGAAUUCUCAAACCAAUCGUCAUGUCAAGACCUGACAGAGUCGCUUGGUUUAUUCGGACCGGAAUAUCAUCAGCCUUUGAAUGUGGAAGGAGAAGUGUUUGUCUGUUCUGUCUGCUUAAAAGGCUUUAACAUCACUGGGACUGGAAAAGCACCGAGACAUACAUACCUGAGUGAGAGUGUUCCUGUGCUCUGACUGUGGGAAAGAGCUUUAACCAGUAACACAGGCUGAAAAAACCAUUGCACCAUUCACAGCAGGGAGAGACUGUCUGUGGACGAGGCUUCAACUGAUCUUUGAACCUGGAGAGAAACAAGGACACCCGCACCAUGGAGAAACUGUGGAAAUGUGGGGACUGUGGGAAGGGAUUCCAUACCCCAUCUGCACUGGAAACUCAUCGACGCAGUCAUACCGGGGAGAGGCCGUUCACCUGCUCUGAGUGUGGGAAGAGAUUCAGUGAUUCAUCCAACCUGCUGAUGCACCAGCGAGUUCACACUGGAGAAAGGCCGUUCAACUGCAGUGAAUGUGGGAAGGCAUUCAGCCGUUCGUCUACUCUGCUGAGACACCAGAGAAUUCACAUUGGGGAGAGGCCAUUCACCUGCUCUGAUUGUGGGAAGGGAUUCACUCAGUUAUCCAGCCUGCAGACACACCAGCGAGUUCACACCGGGGAGAGGCCAUUCACCUGCUCUGAGUGUGGGCAGGAAUUCAGUCAGUCAUCCCACCUUCUGACACACAGACGAGUUCACACCGGGGAGAAGCCGUUCGCCUGCUCUGAGUGUGGGAAGGGUUUCACUCGGUCAUCCCAACUGCUGACACACCAGCGAGUUCACACUGGGGAGAGACCGUUCACCUGCUCUGAGUGUGGGAAGGGAUUCACUGAUUCAUCCUACCUGCUGAUACACCAGCGAGUUCAUACUGGGAAGAGACCAUUCACUUGCUCCGCAUGUGGGAAGGGAUUCAGUCAGUCAUCCCAACUGCUGACACACCGACGAGUUCACACUGGGGAGAGGCCCUUCACCUGCUCUGAAUGUGGGAAGGGAUUCACUGAUUCAUCUGCACUGCAGAAGCACCGACGAGUUCACACUGGGGAGAGGCCCUUCACCUGCUCCGAAUGUGGGAAGCGAUUCAGUGAUUCAUCCCACCUUCUGACACACCAGCGAGUUCACACCGGGGAGAGGCCGUUCAUCUGCUCCAAGUGUGGGAAGGGCUUCACUCAGGUAUCCAACUUGCUGAGGCACCAGUGGGUUCACAAGUGAUUACAGGGAUUUGAUUCUGCUGUUCUUGCUGCUGUUCAUCACAUCCAUGAUCGAACUGUAGUAGAAAGGGUUAACAGAUGGGAUAUGCUAAUGUAUGACGUAGUUAAUGAUGUUCCACUGAUAUCAGUCAGUCACAUGUUAGACUCUGUCUCUGAGAGAGAGAGAGAGGUUGGAAUUGUGCCUCGGAACAACCUGCCUUCCCUGUAACCUGUUUGGGUGUAGUACUAAUAAACAAGUGUUAAGAAGAUACCAGAGUGUGUAUACAGUCUGUCUGCUAGCCACGUCCCAGGCCUAGGGUCCGAGCUAGAGCGACAGAUCUCCGCACAUGGUGGCAGCAAUUUAGACAUCGAUGUAAAAAACAGAUCGGUGUUAUUGAAGGAACCACAGAGUGAAGAAACCUCUGAAAGCUGCUCAUAAAAAACUGGCAGAAAAGGAGGCGCUGGAGAGAGGUAACGAUGACUGUACCUGGUGAGCAGUCCCUGUCCUGAAGGAGGCGCUGGCGAGAGGUAACGAUGACUGUACCUGGUGAGCAGUC